AUGCCCUUUCACUUCCUGAUACCCAUGGUGAUAGGCAGCUCUGAUUGGCUGAGCUGUGUCUAUGUGGUGAGAUAAGACUGUGUGAUUGGUCAAUACAGUGAGUGAUUGGUGAAUGACCAUGUGUGAUUGGUAGAUGAAGUGAGGUGAGAGCAUGUGAUUGGUCAGUGCAGCAAGAUAUUUGUGUAUGAUUGGUCAUUACAGUUGAGAUAACAGCAUGUCAUUGGUCUGUUGUGUUGUGCAGUGCCUGGAGACGCUGAGGUCAGGGCAGAUGGACAUGCAGAAGUUCAUCGCCGAUGGCUGCAAGGAGGCUCUGCUGGAGGAGAAGAGACGAUUCUGCUUCCUGGUGGACAAACACUGCACCUUCUCCUAUCAGAUUGCUGCCUUUCACGACAAGGUAUAGGACCUAUGCUACAGUACCUUAUAGGCCUGGUUCAAUUUCAGACCCUAGCUCCCUCCCCUGGUCCCUUACCCAGCUAUGUUCUCAGUCAGUAGAACCUGAACAUGUUUCCAAUUCCAAUCCAUCAAAAUCUGUGAACAUCAAAGAAGAUGUGGUCCUCUGUAGCUCAGCUGGUAGAGCACGGCGCUUGUAACGCCAAGGUAGUGGGUUCGAUCCCCGGGACCACCCAUACACAAAAAAAAAUGUAUGCACGCAUGACUGUAAGUCGCUUUGGAUAAAAGCGUCUGCUAAAUGGCAUAUUAUUAUUAUAUUAUUAUGGGGGUUUUAAGGGGAUAUGGGCUAGAGGUUAGGGGUGGAAUUGGAACCAGAUCUCACAGACUAUUUCCAUGUACACUAUAUAUACAAAAGUACUUGGACACCCCUUCAAGUUAGUAGAUUCGGCACACCUGUUGCUGGCAGGUGUAUAAAAACACACGGCAAUCCAAUCUCCAUAGAAAACAUAGGCAGUAGAAUGGCCUUACUGUAAAGCUCAGUGACUUUCAAAGUGGCACCGUCAUAGGAUGCCACCUUUCCAAUAAGUCAGUUCAUCAUAUUUCUGCCCUGCUGGAGCUGCCCCGAUCAACUGUAAGUGCUGUUAUUGUGAAGUGGAAACGUCUAGAAGCAACAACGGCUCAGCCGCGAAGUGUUAGGCCACACAAGCUCACAGAACGGGACUGCCGAGUGCUGAAGCGCGUAGAAAUUGUCUGUCCUCGGUUGCAACACUCUCUACCGAGUUCCAAACUGCCUCUGGAAGCAACGUCAGCACAAUAACUGUUCGUUGGGAGCUUCAUGAAAUGGGUUUCCAUGGCCGAGCAGCCACACACAAGCCUAAGAUCACCAUGCACAAUGCGAAGUGUCACUGGAGUGUUGUAAAGCUCGCCGUCAUUGGACUCUGGAGCAGUGGAAACGCGUUCUCUGGAGUGAUGAAUCAUGCUUCAACAUCUGGCAGUCCGACAGACGAAUCUGGGUUUGGCGAAUGCCAGGAGAACACUACCUGCCCGAAUGCAUAGUGCCAACUGUAAUGUUUGGUGGAGGAGGGCUGUUUUUCAUGGUUCGGGCUAGGCCCCUUAGUUCCAGUGAAGGGAAAUCUAAACGCUACAGCAUACAGUGACAUUCUACAUGAUUCUGUGCUUCCAACUUUGUGGCAACAGUUUGGGGAAGGCCUUUUCCUGUUUCAGCAUGACAAUGCCCCCGUGCACAAAGCGAGGUCCAUACAGAAAUGGUUUGUCGAGAUCGGUGUGGAAGAACUUGACUGGCCUGCACAGAACCCUGACCUCAACCCCAUCGAACACCUUUGGGAUGAAUUGGAACGCCGACUGCAAGCCACGACUAAUCGCCAUACAUUAGUGCCCGACCUCACCAAUGCUCUUGUGGCUGAAUGGAAGCAAGUCCCCACAGCAAUGUUCCAACAUCUAGUGGAAAGCCUUCCCAGAAGAGUGGAGGCUGUUAUAGCACCAAAGGGGGGACCAACUCUAUAUUAAUGCCCAUGAUUUUGGAAUGAGAUGUUCGACAAGCAGGUGUCCACAUACUUUUGGUCAUGAAGUGUAUGUACCAUAACCACCAUCUGUGUACCACUUUUAUUAUACAAACAUCUAGCAUGUACCAAAUCACAAACCCAAGGCUCCCAUUCAGAGCAUCUACAGUAACUACUAUGACUUCUGCUGUUCCUUCUCUGACCCCAGGCCAGAGACAUGCUGUACGGGAAGCUGCCCACCUGGCAGGACAAGUGUAGCGAUGCCACCAACGUGCCGGAGAGCGUGAUGUCUAUGAUCGAGGGUCUCCGCAGCACAGUGUCCAUCACCCCCCAGGCCUCCCCUGUCUCCCAGAGACACAGUAGGGUGAGACGGCACAAUCACUCAUUCAUAAACCAUUAGAAAACCAUUAUCAAUUACAAUAUCUAAUUUUGAUUCAAUGUGAGAAAGCGAGAGAACACAGCACAGAUACCUUGUGAUGACACUAUGGCGUCACUGAUUUCAUAAUAAUAAUGAAAUGGUAAAAACCUGUAAUACCUCUACUACUAAUGUACCACUACCAAUGGCAGGUUAAUUACUAAUGUACCACUACCAAUGGCAGGUUAACUACUAAUGUACCACUACCAAUGGCAGGUUAACUACUAAUGUACCACUACCAAUGGCAGGUUAACUACUAACUACUGUACAUUCUAACACUCAUACUAUCCCCUUCCUGUGUUCCACUUUCUAUGGUCAGAGCAACUCCAUAUUCCGGGACACAGUUCCACCCCCUGCCCCGGUGCUGAAGGCUCAGACCAGCCCAUUGGCCAGUAUGUUCACGCAGGACACACCCACAACAAACUCAGUCACCAGAGAGACUGAGAGAGUCACAGGUAGUGUGUGUGUGUGUGUGUGUGUGCAUGUGCAUUUUUGUGUGUCAUACACAAAAAAAAUGUAUGCACGCAUGACUGUAAGUCGCUUUGGAUAAAAGCGUCUGCUAAAUGGCAUAUAAUAUUAUUAUUAUUAUUAUUAUGUGUGUUUGUAUGCGUGUGUGUGUUCGCAUGUCCUCCCUGCUGGUCGCAGUUGUGUGUAUUUGUAUGUGCGUGCAUGCAUGGACCUGUGUCUGUAUAUUAACCUUUCUCUCUCUCUCUCUCUCCAGACUACAGGGACAAUGGAGGGGAGGAGAGUGGCGGUCUAGGUCCCAGGUCAGUGUCUGUGGCCACAGGACUCAACAACAUUGUGAAGAGACCCAGGGUCCGCACCAUCUUCCCCCACACCUCUGGGACCAACGCUACGCUGCUCAGUUUUGACGAGGGAGACAUCAUCACCCUGCUCAUACCUGAUGAGAGGGAUGGAUGGCUCUACGGAGAACUGGAGAAGACCAGGCAGUAA